GUUGUUGGAAAUGGCGACUUUGGAAGACAAGGCGAUUUGGGAGGAUGGAGAGGAUUCACUUGGAGAAGAGGUGCUGCGCAUGGGAACAGAUGAAAUUGUUAGCAGAACUCGUCUCUUGGACAAUGAAAUUAAGAUAAUGAAAUCAGAGGUCAUGCGGAUAUCACAUGAAUUACAAGCACAAAAGGAGAAAAUAAAGGAGAACACAGAGAAAAUCAAAGUGAACAAAACCCUACCAUACCUUGUGUCCAAUGUUAUUGAGUUGUUGGAUGUGGACCCUCAAGACCAAGGUGAAGAAGAUGGGGCUAACAUUGAUCUUGAUUCUCAAAGAAAAGGAAAAUGUGCAGUCAUCAAAACCUCAACCAGACAGACUUAUUUCUUGCCAGUAAUUGGGUUGGUUGAUCCAGAAAACUUGCAUCCAGGAGAUUUAGUGGGUGUGAACAAAGAUUCCUAUUUAAUUUUGGAGACUUUACCAGCAGAAUAUGAUUCCCGUGUAAAAGCCAUGGAGGUUGACGAGCGACCAACAGAACAGUACAGCGAUAUUGGAGGGUUAGAUAAACAGAUUCAAGAGCUUAUUGAAGCAGUUGUAUUACCCAUGACACACAAAGAAAGGUUUGAGGCAUUGGGAAUCCAGCCUCCAAAAGGUGUAUUGCUGUAUGGCCCCCCGGGCACUGGUAAGACCCUGUUGGCCAGAGCUUGUGCUGCUCAGACAAAGUCCACAUUUCUUAAGCUGGCUGGCCCUCAGCUAGUGCAGAUGUUCAUCGGGGAUGGAGCCAAACUCGUCAGAGAUGCCUUUGCUCUGGCCAAGGAAAAAGCUCCAGCCAUUAUCUUCAUAGAUGAAUUGGAUGCUAUUGGUACCAAGAGGUUCGACAGUGAGAAAGCAGGUGACAGAGAAGUUCAAAGAACUAUGUUAGAGCUUCUGAACCAAAUGGAUGGCUUCAUGCCGAACUCAAAAAUCAAGGUUAUAGCUGCUACAAACAGAGUCGACAUCUUGGAUCCAGCCCUGCUGAGGUCAGGAAGACUGGACAGAAAGAUUGAAUUCCCACAUCCUAAUGAAGAAGCCAGAGCGCGAAUUUUACAGAUCCAUUCCAGAAAAAUGAACGUCAGUAAAGAUGUGAACUUUGAGGAACUGGCCAGAUGUACAGACGACUUCAAUGGGGCUCAGCUCAAGGCUGUUUGUGUUGAGGCUGGUAUGAUUGCACUGAGACGAGGUGCUACAGAAUUGAUCCAUGAGGACUAUAGUGAUGCCAUUAUUGAGGUACAGGCCAAGAAGAAGACAAACUUGCAGUACUACGCUUAGUUUUGAACUGCUUUGACAAGCUAAGCUCUGAUCUUGACCCUAUUCUCUUGUGCAAGUGGUACUAAGAACAAGCCACCAGGCUGUGCAACUGCUAAGAUAAGUCACAAUGACAAGUCACCACUGAAUUACCUGUCCCUUAGUUCAGAGUAGUGCUAAAUGUGGACAGAAUAAACAAAUUGAACUGUGGAAACAGGAUUGACACCCCUGAAGUUUGUAGCCUGGCAUUUUCAAUGUAAAAAGGAUGUAUUAACAUCUUAUAAACAAAGAUUUCAUUGCUGGUCUUUAUUGUUGGAGACAUAUUAAGAAUAAAGUGUUCAUGUAUGAAAAAAAAAAAACGGAGUAAAAAUAUCUUGUGUUUGAAAUAUUUAUUUGCACAUGGAAGUGAUGCAAUCUCAUUUCUGUUACCUGAAAAUAGAUCUCUGUGAACAAAUAUCCAUAAAAUAAAUGUUCCCAACAGUUCUGCCCAGUUUCCUCCCACCAUAAUUCUGGCUGCCAUCGUGGAAGUGAAAUAUUCUUGAAUAUGUUGUAAAACACCAAUCAAAUAAAUAAAUGUUUGUAUAAAUAUUA